CUCUCUGCACAUCAUCUGGCGUACAACACAGCAAGCAACGCUCCUACGCAGUACCCUAAAUAUUGGGCGCCCCCAGCCAGUGACCUCCAACCCAAAACCAAGACAUCUCCUCGCAUACUAGAAAAAGGCACGAAGAUCUACAGCUAAGGGCGGUCGUGAUGGACGCAUUAACUGCCAUGUACUACGUUGCAUUCGUCCUCCCUAUAAUUCUCAUCACUGCUCUGUGUAUCAGUUGCCGCAGGAAGAUACCAAUUCACAUACCGGAGACAGGAUGCUACGAUGAUAAGCCUCAGUAUACUCGACCUUCGACUUCAACUCAAACUUUUUGUCUCAUCAAAAAUAACCAAUCUCUACCUCGAUCAUCCUCCUCUCCGGCCCCCAUGUGCCACCAGGUUGGCCUGCUCAGUAUCCCGAAGUCCCCGGUCUGCGAGAGCCGUAGAAGUUCAGUGGGAAGAGAAAACAAUGCUUAUCCUGAAGCUUGUGACCCCAUACCAUAUUCACCAUGUGCCCCCAUCUUGAAACGUAUGAGUGUGAAUGAUGAGGACUAUGAUGAUGAAGGAGAAGACAAAGCCCGUGGAUACAUUGUGGUACUACCAGAUGAUGGGACCACUACGCUUGGACCAGAGGUGGUAGUAACAUUCGAAGGGGAUAACAGAGCCAGCCUCUCCUCUGUUGGCACUGACGAAAAUUACGUAAAUGUGGGCGAUUCUGAUGAUGCCAAGGCAUCUUCAACUGAUGGAAAUUACGUUAACAUCGGCGAUGCCAGUGAUACAACAGGUGGGAGUCUGGAGUACGUCAAUGUAGAAGAGGCCAAAACUCACCCCAGCUCCAUUAACCAGGAGAGUGAAGAUGACGAUCUGCAUGAAUAUGAAAAUGUGGAGAAAGGGCCUUAAGGUUAGGACUCCACACCGAAGGAUGGGCCUUUAUUAGACUUCAGAUGACCAACAUCCAAUAUUUUCUGGCUGGGCCAAAGAGAAAACCUUUUUGAGGAACCAUCAUUUAGCCCGGUUCUCCUCACAGGGUUGACCACCUCUUGCCCUUGCUGGACUAUUUCUGAAUGAGAAACUAUGUCAGCCUUCAUUUUAACCAAGAACUGAUCUGAAGAUGGACCAGAACCACUCACCGGCCCCUUCUCAUCAUGUCUCUGAAGGCCACUUUGACAGCCGUCACGCCCCCUCCCAUAGACUUGCAUUGAGGGGGUGGGGUGUGACAUCAUGAGGGGGUGGGGCUAUGACGUCACGAGCUCCCAGCACCGGCUCCGGCAUUCGGAACAGUUUGUUCCAGACACUGAGAAGCGGAGUACCUCUUUAAGUACUGGAUGGUCCAGAUCCAAAAACUGCUCCCUGGAUGAAGGUCUUUUGUGCUGUAAAACUACAACUAUUACCGUGACAUCUGUGUUGGUGGGAUCAAUGAUUUAUAGGUGUAAAGUAGUGGUCCCCAACCACUGGCUCUCCAAAUGCUAUAAAUCUACGACUGCGGGCUAUCGGGGUAUGCUAGGAGUUGUAGUUUAGCAACAGCCAGAGAGCCACAGGUUGAAGACCACUAACUUAAAGGGGUACUCCACUGGAAAACUUAUUUAUUUUUUAUUUAUUUUUAAAUCAACUGGUGCCAGAAAGUUAAACAAAUUU